AUGCCUCCCCUGAAAGCGUUGCCGAUGUCACUUGCGCCAACUAGAGCCAGCGAUCGAGAACGCCAGACCUUCCGAAAGGCGUUCGCUUCCAUCGAGCUGGACACCAUGCUGAAUGCCUGGCGCGACUACGUUAUGAACCGGGUCUACAGUGACCCAGUCGAAAAACUUAACACUGACACCACAGCCGACAUCGAGCUGUUUGGGGAGCCGUUUCGAACCAACAUCAAAGGAGAAGUACGCCAAAGAGACGCCACGUUGCUUAAAGCUUUGCGACGGUGUUAG